AUGGAUGAUAAACAAAUUCGCCAGCGGAUUUACGAAUAUUUGAUAUCUGCUACCUUGAAAGACUGUUCUAUAAUUUUUGCUUUUCAGAAAUCAGAUUAUAACGGACGAGGAAUAAAUACGCAAGGCGUUUCCGGGUUACAAUCUCAAUUUUAUAAUUAUAGUUCAAUUUUCCAAGAAAGACUUCAACAAAUAUCAUUAACUGAAACGCAAUCAGUCAUUUAUCAUAAUUAUAAUGGUUUUUAUAAGCAUUAUAUUUACAAAGUCAAUGUUAUUGAUUUAGAUCCAAAACCUUUGGCAAAAUUACAUUAUUAUAAAGAUUUAGAUACAAACAUUGUAAAGAAUUACUUAAAAUACGCUGCAAUAAAAAAAAAAUGUUCUGAAUGA